UUUCAGAUCCCCCAGAUUAGUUAUGCAUCAACGGCACCCGAGUUAAGUGAUGACCGUCGCUAUGACUUCUUCUCUCGUGUGGUCCCGCCCGAUUCCUUCCAAGCCCAGGCCAUGGUAGACAUCGUAAAGGCUCUGGGUUGGAAUUAUGUGUCUACUCUCGCAUCGGAAGGAAGUUAUGGAGAGAAAGGUGUGGAAUCCUUCACGCAGAUUUCCAAAGAGGCAGGUGGGCUCUGCAUUGCCCAGUCCGUGAGAAUCCCCCAAGAACGCAAAGACAGGACCAUUGACUUCGAUAAAAUUAUCAAACAGCUCCUGGACACACCCAACUCCAGGGCUGUCGUGAUUUUUGCCAACGACGAGGAUAUCAAGCAGAUCCUUGCAGCAGCCAAAAGAGCUGACCAAGUAGGCCAUUUCCUUUGGGUGGGAUCAGACAGCUGGGGAUCCAAAAUAAACCCACUGCACCAGCAUGAAGAUAUUGCAGAAGGAGCCAUCACCAUUCAGCCCAAGCGAGCAACUGUGGAAGGGUUUGAUGCCUAUUUUACAUCCCGCACGCUUGAAAACAACAGAAGAAACGUAUGGUUUGCCGAAUACUGGGAGGAAAACUUCAACUGCAAGUUGACAAUUAGUGGGUCAAAGAAAGAAGACACAGAUCGCAAGUGCACAGGACAGGAGAGAAUUGGAAAAGAUUCCACCUAUGAGCAGGAGGGUAAAGUUCAGUUCGUGAUUGACGCAGUGUAUGCAAUGGCUCAUGCCCUUCAUCACAUGAACAAGGAUCUCUGUGCUGACUACCGGGGUGUCUGUCCAGAGAUGGAGCAAGCUGGGGGCAAGAAGUUGUUGAAGUAUAUCCGCAAUGUGAAUUUCAACGGCAGCGCAGGCACCCCAGUCAUGUUUAACAAGAAUGGGGACGCCCCUGGGCGUUACGACAUCUUCCAGUACCAGACCACAAACACCAGCAACCCUGGUUACCGCCUGAUCGGACAGUGGACAGAUGAACUGCAGCUCAAUAUAGAGGACAUGCAGUGGGGUAAAGGACUCCGGGAGAUCCCCCCGUCAGUGUGUACACUGCCAUGCAAGCCUGGGCAAAGAAAGAAGACACAGAAGGGAACUCCUUGCUGCUGGACCUGCGAGCCUUGCGAUGGCUACCAGUACCAGUUUGAUGAGAUGACAUGCCAGCAUUGCCCCUACGACCAGCGACCCAAUGAAAACCGAACCGGCUGCCAGGACAUCCCCAUCAUCAAACUGGAGUGGCACUCCCCCUGGGCCGUCAUCCCUGUCUUCCUCGCCAUGUUGGGGAUCAUCGCCACUAUAUUUGUCAUGGCCACUUUCAUCCGCUACAAUGACACUCCCAUCGUCCGGGCAUCUGGGCGGGAACUGAGCUAUGUUCUGUUGACGGGCAUCUUUCUUUGCUACAUCAUCACUUUCCUGAUGAUAGCCAAACCUGACGUGGCAGUGUGUUCUUUCCGGAGAGUGUUCUUGGGCUUGGGUAUGUGCAUCAGUUAUGCGGCCCUUUUGACAAAAACCAAUCGGAUUUAUCGCAUAUUCGAACAGGGCAAGAAAUCAGUGACAGCUCCCAGGCUCAUAAGCCCAACAUCACAGCUGGCGAUCACUUCUAGUUUAAUAUCAGUUCAGCUUCUAGGUGUUUUCAUUUGGUUUGGUGUUGACCCACCCAACAUCAUCAUAGACUAUGAUGAACACAAGACAAUGAACCCUGAGCAGGCCCGGGGAGUUCUCAAAUGUGACAUUACGGAUCUCCAGAUUAUCUGCUCCUUGGGAUAUAGCAUUCUUCUCAUGGUCACGUGUACUGUGUAUGCCAUCAAGACUCGGGGUGUCCCAGAGAAUUUUAAUGAAGCCAAGCCCAUUGGAUUCACCAUGUACACAACAUGUAUAGUCUGGCUUGCCUUCAUUCCCAUUUUUUUUGGCACCGCUCAGUCGGCGGAAAAGCUCUACAUACAAACUACCACGCUUACCAUCUCCAUGAACCUAAGUGCAUCAGUGGCGCUGGGGAUGUUAUACAUGCCGAAAGUGUACAUCAUCAUUUUCCACCCUGAACUCAAUGUCCAGAAACGCAAGCGAAGCUUCAAGGCCGUAGUCACGGCAGCCACCAUGUCAUCGCGGCUGUCACACAAGCCCAGUGACAGACCCAACGGUGAGGCCAAGACAGAACUCUGUGAGAACGUAGACCCAAACAGUAAGUAUCUCUCCUUUCCUUCCAUCUCCCCAGCCUGCGUCAGGAAGCUCUGGCAAACGUGGUGUGUGCUUGCCUUUCUUUGGAGAAAGACUGUGACCGUUCUUGUCUUACGGGCUGGGUUGCCUAGGCACAUGCUCACGUCUGCUCUUAAGAGUGUGCUCAUUCUUGCCACCAUUUUCUUUUUGCUCCCUGUGGGAAAGCAGCUUUCAGAGGCUCUGCUUCAGAAGUGUGAAAUCUCCCCCUUCCCUGGCUUCUUAAUCUUUGGUCCCAAACCCUCCAACUGACAUAAGCACAGCUGUUAAGCCACCUUCCUUGUUCCCUUCCUCUUAGGGGAUCAGCUUCCUGCUAGGGAACCUUCGACAUCCCACUGAACUGCAGCAGUAGGAAAGAAAUUGGAAUAUUUAAGAAUUUUGGACGCAUAACUUCCUUGCACUGGAACAUGAAUGUGGAGAAAGUUAUGAUUCUUUACUAACCAAGCCUUGCAGAAACAAAAAACACAUCGCAUAUUGAAUAAAGCCGGUAAACAUUCAUGCAAGUAUACAGGCCCAGACACUACCACGCUAAUGGCAUCCCCACGUGGGGAAAACACCUACCAGACAAUUCCAGAGGAGUUUCACCCCAUGAAAGACAAAUAUUAGAGGUGGGAUUAAGGAUGAAAUGCCAGAUUUGAUACCUACAUGGCCUGUCUGCAAUGCCUGGGUAGCCUUUAUUCAUCCCUGGAAAUGACCACAAAGACGACGGACAUACAGACACUAGUUUGCUAAAAAAGAAAAAAAGAAAAAAAGGAAAGGAAAGAAAGACCAUUUAACCAGAGUUAAAUUCUUAAAAUCCCCACUUGCUAAUUUUACUAAUACUAUGGUGGUAAGAGUGCAUUUCAGAUUAAACAUAUCACUCCUAGGAUUUGUUUUCCAGGACAUUUUGACUAGUUCCAUAUAGAAUGAGGCAGUUUAGCGUGUUCACGAUACUUCCUGUUUUAAACUAGAGGAGGUUUCAGGUUGGCCAUUAAGUCGUUCAAGACUUAUUGUUCAGUUAUGAGCUGAUUUUGUUGUAGCCAAAGGUUUACUGCCAAGCAGAAAGCAGUUCCUAUUCUAAAUACUCUGACGUAAUUCUUUAUGCUCUACAACUGAGAUCUUUAAAAACCAGGAGACAACUGAGUUUAACCCUGACAACUAUUGUACAACGACCCAUGACCUUGGCCCAGUCCAUUUCUAAAUAGUUGGCUGAAUGACUACGGUGGAUGCUUGAGAGUCUGUGGACAAGGAAACAAAGGCCCAUUAACAACAUCAUGGGCUUCACGUUGACGUUUCAAUAGGAGAGAUCCUGGGACAGGUGAGAGGAGGGAGAAACAAUGGAUGGUCAGGCUCUGUUCUUGUGUCUUCAGAAAAAAAUGGUCAAUUCCAAGGAAAGGGAAUAGAUAGAGAAUUGCUGUGAUAUUCAAUGUGGUGUAGGAAGAGGCUUCGGGUUGAGACAGACC